AUGAAGCCAGCACCCUUCGAAUACCACCGCCCCGACACCCUGGCCGAGGCCCUGGCGCUGCUCGCCGAGCACGGCGACGCCGCCAAACCCCUGGCAGGCGGCCAGAGCCUGGUGCCGGCGAUGAGCUUCCGCCUCGCCCAACCGGGAACCCUGAUCGACCUCAACCGGUUGGACGAGCUCAGCGGCAUCGAGCCCACCGCUGCGGGCGGCCUAAAAAUCGGCGCAAUGACCCGCCACAGCGCCGCCGAGCACAGUGGCCUGAUCGCCGAGCGGGCUCCCCUGCUGCACCAAGUCAUGCCCUGGAUCGCCCACCCUCAGAUCCGCAACCGAGGCACGGUAGGCGGUUCUUUAGCCCACGCCGACCCCGCCGCCGAGCUGCCAGCCGUGAUGUUGGCGCUGGGCGCCCGCUUCCACCUGCAAAGCCAGAUCGGCCAACGAGUCGUCGCCGCCGAAGACUUCUACACCAGCCUGUUCGAGACCGCUAUGGAACCCGGCGAGCUACUCACCGCCAUUGAGCUGCCGCCCACCCCGGUUGGCGCCUGCUCCGCCUUCAGCGAAUUCGCCCGCCGCCACGGCGACUACGCCCUGGUCGGCGUCGCCGUCCAACUGAUCCGAGCCCCCGACGGCACCCUCACCGACGCCAAGCUCUGCUACCUCAGCGUCGGGGACACCCCCAUCGAAGCCAAGACAGCUCAAGCGAUGCUCACGGGCCAACAACCGUCACGGGAGCUAUUCGAAGCAGCGGCCGCCACCGCCGCCAGCCUAGACAUCGACCCGCCCGGCGACAUCCACGCCUCCGUCGCCUACCGCCGCCAGCUGGUGCGAGUACUGACCCGAAGGGUGAUCGAGGCUGCAAUGGCGCCAUGA